AUGAGCAGCGUGGUGAUCAGCAAGUCCCCGUCGGUGGUGGUCCGGCCAUGGAAGCCGGUCCCGGCGGCCGGCAGCGAGAUCCAGCUCUCGGCAUAUGACAAAAUAUUCGCUGAUACCCUCACAGGCUUGUUUGUGUUCGAGCAUGCCAUCGACGAGCCUGCCGAGACCAUACGAAGAGGGCUCUCGCAAGCACUCGUCCACUACUACCCUAUGUGCGGCCGCCUUGCCGUCGGGGCCACCUCCGGCGAGGCCGUCAUCAAAUGCACCGGGGAGGGGGUGUCAUUCGUUGCGGCGUCUGCCAACUGCGCCCUCAAGGACGUCCCGGAUCUGUGCGACUCAUCGCUGCAGGAAGAGCUCGCCCUCCUCUACCGGUGGCCAUCGCUGGGCUUGAGCCACUCGGAGCCAUUGAUGCUGAUGCAGGUGACCGUCUUCGCUUGCGGGGGGUUUAUCGUGGGGCUAACAUGGAACCACCUCCUCUGCGAUGGCAGUGGCGUCGUGCAGUUUAUCCAGGCGGUCGGCGAGCUUGCCCGCGGGCUGCCAUCACCGUCCGUUGUCCCGGUCAGAACGGCGGACUCGCUCAUGGUGGAUCUGCCGGCAUUUCCCACAAACUUUAUGCGGUUUAAGGCUACCCUCCAGCCAUCCCCGAGGGCCUACCUCAACGUCACUGUACCAUGUAGCCUAAUCAACCACAUCAGGCACAGGUACUCCUCCUCCAUGAGUAAUGGGCGUCCAUGCUCGGUGUUCGAGGCCGUGGCCGCCGUGCUAUGGCGGUGCCGGACCCGUGCAAUCAUGUCCGAUUCGGAGACCUUCGUCGCGCUCUAUUUCAUGGCUGAUGCACGCAAGUACGCAUCGGCCAAGGAGGGCUUCUACGGCAACUGCGUCACCAUACACCUGGUCACGGCGACGAGCGGCAUGGUGGCAAACGGAGACAUCGUCGACCUAGUGAAGAUGAUCCGGCGCGCCAAGCAUCGGACGCCGGGCCAGUCGGACAUGGACGAGCUACAGCGGCGACUGCAGGGAUAUAAUCUUCUUGGACUGUCAAGCUGGCGAAACUUCGGAGUAGGAUUUGAUUUUGGCGCAGGGGCCCCGGCAAGGUUGAUGAGCUACAAGCAAGAGAGGAUUGGCCUGCCCUUCUGCGCCACAUGCGUGCGGUGCAAGCUUACGGACGAGCACAACUUCGUCAUGGCUAGAUGCGUGAGGGAGGAGCACGCCGACGCCUUCCUCCAAGAAAUAUCCAACGUUCAAAUGAUUUCCACUUGGUCCUCUCUUCCAUCCAGGUUUUGA